UUUGGGACGAACAAAUCUAGUUUGCACAAGCUCAAAUCGGAAUUAAAUGGCUGAUAAACAGAUCAGUUUACCUUCCAAGCUGAUCAAUGGAGGGAUAGCUGGGCUCAUUGGGGUAACCUGCGUGUUUCCUAUUGACCUGGCAAAAACUCGCCUACAGAACCAGCAGAAUGGCCAGAGGAUGUACACCAGCAUGUCCGACUGCCUCAUUAAGACAAUCCGAUCCGAAGGUUAUUUUGGCAUGUACAGGGGGGCCGCAGUGAACCUGACGCUAGUGACUCCGGAAAAAGCCAUCAAACUAGCUGCUAAUGAUUUCUUCCGGCAUCAUCUUUCUAAAGAUGGGAAGAAGCUGACGUUGCUGAAGGAAAUGCUUGCUGGCUGUGGGGCCGGGACCUGCCAGGUGAUUGUCACCACUCCCAUGGAGAUGCUCAAAAUCCAGCUUCAGGAUGCAGGCCGAAUUGGUACCUCACCCUGAUUGUCUUCUCCUGAUUCCUCUACAGCGGCUCAGAAGAAACUAAUGGCUGCUCAGGCUCAAAUAAGCCCUUCUGCUAGUGCUGGGGCAGCGGAGUCCGUAGUAGAAGCACGAACAACAGCCAUGCAAAUCACAAGGGAGUUGCUUCGGAACAAAGGCAUUGCUGGACUGUAUAAGGGACUCGGGGCUACAUUACUAAGGGAUGUACCAUUUUCCAUUGUUUAUUUCCCAUUGUUUGCAAACUUGAAUAAACUGGGGCAGAAGAACCCUGAUGUCAAAGCUCCAUUCUACGUGUCCUUCUUCUCUGGGUGCCUGGCAGGCAGCACAGCAGCUGUUGCAGUCAACCCUUGUGACGUAAUCAAGACAAGGCUGCAGUCCUUACAGAGGGGAGUCAAUGAGGAUACAUACUCAGGGAUCACAGACUGUGCCAGGAAAAUCUGGAAGAACGAAGGUCCCACAGCAUUUUUCAAGGGGGCUUAUUGCAGAGCCCUGGUCAUCGCCCCGCUGUUUGGUAUUGCACAAGUUGUCUAUUUCAUCGGCAUUGCUGAAUACUUCCUAGAUAUGUUCCAAAACGGCGGGAUUAACCCUCCACACUUCUCCCCAUCCAGUUGGAAUACGCCGUAGUCUUCUGUGUCAUUGUGGUGUCAGAGCAACAGCACAAAGGGUUAAAGCAGUAAUAAGAUGGAAUGAAUGUUGUUUCCCAACAAAGUUCUUUUUCCUUUGGCCAGCAUGGGCCCCACCAUUACCCUACAGAGGAUACUUAAUUAUGCAUAUCUCCUUUUCAGUUAUCAGCCUAAAAUACAACAGUUAACAGGGACCUGACUUGCAAACCUGUUGCUUCUCUUGGCAAGGGAGAAGGAAGCCACCCGCUGCCGCUCAAUUACCAACAAAUCAAGA